CGAUUCCGGAAUAAUUUUGGGUUUUUGUUCAAUUAAUAUUUUAUGACCUCUUCUGGCAAUAUAUGAAGCCUGUGGCUCACAAGUUAGUCCAUCUUUCACACGCCUAGUUCUGCAAGGAAGCUUCUUUCAUUUCCUUCCUGUGUCUACUCCCUUUUAUAUUUAAAAUCUCUUCCUCUCCAUUUGCGUGUGUGUGUUUAUUUAUCUUUUCUUAUCUUGAUUAGUUAACAGUAUUCAAAUCCAGGUCACAGCUUUGAAUCCCAAUUGAAAAUGAAAAAAGUUGUUUUGAAAUUGGACAUACACGACGACAAGGUCAAGAGAAAGUCCAUGAAAGCAGUUUCCAGCCUUUCAGGGAUUGACUCCAUUGCCGUGGACAUGAAGGACAGGAAAUUAACAGUUACUGGAGAUGUUGAUCCUGUAACUAUUGUGGGAAAGUUAAGGAAAAUUUCGCACACAGAGAUUCUGUCAGUGGGACCAGCGAAAGAGGAAAAGAAAGAUGGUGGCAAGAAAGAUGGAGGGGGGAAGAAAGAAGAUGAGAAAAAGAAUCCAAAUGAUCAGAUUGCAGAGCUUGUUAAAGCUUACAAGGCCUACAAUCCCUACCUGACACAAUACUACCGUGUGGUGAGCGUUGAAGAGAACCCAAAUGCUUGUAUUGUACUCUGAACUGUUCUAUAUGAAUUGGUGAGUUCUUGAAGCCCGCUGGAAACAACCCAGAAGAGGGGUGGGGUUGCUUGCUUUGUAUAGUUGAUGAUGAUGGGCUGAUUGAAAAAUAGAAUGUUAAUAAAAUAAAGAAUGUAUUUAUCAAAAAUAAAUAAAUAAUAAAUAAAGAAUGUGGUAUAGAUAUAGUGUUUUGGAAUGGAAAA